AUGCCCUUGGAGAGCCUCAGCCCCUUCGUGGAGUUGGACGAUGCUCUGUGCAAGACUUUUUUGAGACUGAACCUGCAAGAGGAUGCCCACGAGGACACCACCGGGACCCCUCUGGGAUUCCAGCGGACCUUCUCGGCCUGCCCCGUCACCCUCUCCUCUUCCCACACCGGUGACACGGAGCGUCUGGGGUAUGCCUCCGUCGCCCCCCUGGCUGCCGCCGACGGGAGUGACCCGGCGUGGCCCCUCCAGGGGGAAUGGGCCCGGGACGCCAGGCUGCCCCGCACCAGCCUGCAACGCAUCCCCUUUCGGGCGGACCGGUCGGUGAGUCUGAUCGAGGGGUGCCGGGGCGAGGCCAAAGCGGUCUCGGCGCGCUACAAGACGGAGCUCUGUCGCACCUUUGAGGAAAGCGGGGCCUGCAAGUACGGGGCCAAGUGCCAGUUUGCCCACGGCGCCCGGGAACUGCGGGGGCUCAGCCGACACCCCAAGUACAAGACGGAGCCGUGCCGCACCUUCCACACCUCCGGCAUCUGCCCCUACGGGGCCCGCUGCCACUUCAUCCACAACGCCGAGGAACGCCGGCCCCUGCCGCGGGGCCCGCAGGUGCUCCGCCACAGCCUCAGCGCCGGGGAGGCCCUCCCUUCGCCCUCGCCGGCUUCGCCUCCGCCCUCCGCCUCUUGUGCCCUCCGCCUCCCCGACGGCGCCGCCGCCUUCCCCUGCGACUCCCUCGGGUGCUCGCUCUGCAAGACGUCUCUGGGGUCCCCGGGGCCCUUCCCCUUCCCGGGGCUGCUGCUCCUCCAGAAGAGCCUCUCGGCCGAUUCCCUCUCAGAUCAGGAGGACUCGGGGAGCUCCGGGGCCAGCAGCGGCUCAGCAUCCCCAGGCCUGGGGCCCCUGGGCCGACGGCUCCCCAUCUUCAGCCGUCUCUCGGUCUCCGAUGACUGA